GGGUCCUCAGUCAAGUGACGCCGAGCGGCUGGCCCAGGCGCCGACUGCGGAGCCGAGAGGCCGGAGAGUGGACAUGCUGGGGGUCGUUCGCUUCCUCUCUCUGCUGCUGGUGCCCCUGCUGCUGGGCUCUGCGCGCGGCUUGCGCAAAGCCUCCCAGAGGACGUUCAAGAUCGACUACAGCCACAACCGCUUCCUCAAGGAUGGCCAGCCGUUCCGCUACAUCUCAGGAAGCAUUCACUACUUCCGCGUGCCCCGCUUCUACUGGAAGGACCGGCUGCUGAAGAUGAAAAUGGCUGGGCUGAAUGCCAUCCAGACGUACGUGCCCUGGAACUUUCAUGAGCCCCAGCCAGGACAGUACCAGUUUUCUGAGGACCAUGAUGUGGAACAUUUUAUUCAGCUGGCUCAUGAACUGGGGCUGCUGGUUAUCCUGAGGCCUGGACCCUACAUCUGUGCAGAGUGGGACAUGGGAGGAUUACCUGCCUGGCUAUUAGAGAAAGAAUCUAUUGUUCUCCGUUCUUCUGAUCCAGAUUACCUUGCAGCCGUGGACAAGUGGUUGGGAGUCCUUCUGCCCAAGAUGAAGCCUCUCCUCUAUAAGAAUGGAGGGCCAAUUAUAACAGUGCAGGUCGAAAAUGAAUAUGGCAGCUACUUUACCUGUGAUUAUGACUACCUGCGUUUCCUGCAGAAGCUCUUCCGCCACUACCUGGGUGACGACGUGCUUCUGUUCACCACCGAUGGGAUGUUCGAGAAGUUCAUGCAGUGUGGGGCGCUGCAGGGGCUCUAUGCCACAGUGGACUUCGGAUCAGGUAUCAACGUCACAGCUGCUUUCCAAAUCCAGAGGAAGAGUGAGCCCAAAGGACCCUUGAUCAAUUCUGAAUUCUAUACUGGCUGGUUAGACCAUUGGGGCCAACCUCACUCAAAAGCCAAGACUGAAGUGGUGGCUUCUACCCUCUAUGAUAUACUUUCUCGUGGGGCGAAUGUGAACAUGUACAUGUUUAUAGGUGGGACCAAUUUUGCGUAUUGGAAUGGGGCCAACAUGCCCUACCAAGCACAGCCCACCAGCUAUGACUACGAUGCCCCACUGAGUGAGGCAGGGGACCUCACUGAGAAGUAUUUUGCUCUGCGAGACGUUAUUAAGAAGUUUGUAAAAGUACCAGAAGGUCCUAUCCCUCCGUCCACACCAAAGUUUGCAUAUGGAAAAGUUGCUCUGAAAAAGUUAAAGACAGUGGAGGAAGCUCUGGGCAUUCUGUGCCCCUCUGGACCCAUAAAAAGCCUUUAUCCCUUGACAUUUAUCCAAGUGAAACAGUAUUUUGGGUUUGUGCUGUACCGAACAACACUUCCUCAAGACUGCAGCAACCCGACACCCCUCUCUUCACCCUUCGAUGGAGUCCACGAUCGGGCCUAUGUUGCUGUGGAUGGGGUCCCCCAGGGAAUCCUUGAGCGAAAUACUGUGAUCACUCUGAACAUAACAGGGAAAGCUGGAGCCACUCUGGACCUGCUGGUGGAGAACAUGGGGCGCAUAAACUAUGGCAGAUAUAUCAAUGAUUUUAAGGGUCUUAUUUCUAACCUGACCCUUGGUUCCAAAAUCCUCACAAACUGGAUGAUCUUCCCACUGGACAUGGAGGAUGCAGUGCGCAGCCACCUGGGGGACUGGGAUGGCCAUGACAGUGGCUGCCGUGAUAAAGCCUGUGCCCGCAGCUCAUCUAACUACUCACUCCCAGCCUUUUAUGUCGGGAACUUCUCCAUUCCUAGUGGGAUCCCAGACUUGCCCCAGGACACCUUUAUCCAUUUUCCUGGAUGGACCAAGGGUCAGGUGUGGAUUAAUGGCUUUAACCUCGGUCGCUAUUGGCCAGCACAGGGCCCCCAGAUGACCUUGUUUGUGCCACAGCACAUCCUGAUGACAUCGGCCCCGAACACCGUCACAGUACUGGAACUGGAGCAUGCGCCCUGUGGUGACAAUGGCCUAGAACUGUGCACCGUGCAGUUCAUGGACAGGCCGGUUAUCGGUGCAUCUCAGACCUACAGUCGACUCCCUCCACACGUCUCUGUGAAUCAAGACUCAUGACUGGACUAUGUCAGAUAACUAAAGGCUGUAACCCUUUGGGGUUUUAGCCUUGCACAGACCUCGCAUAUCCCCCUUGUAAUGCCAACAUUCACUGAAGAGUUCAAUUGGAAAAUAAAUUUAGCACAUGUGUUUUCACCUGAGUUUCCCUGCAGCCUCGCAGUGCCCGACCUGCCACCGUCAGGAGCCACCGUCGAUGUGUGGUGGGUGGUAGCACAGUAAUGCACUGACGUGUCUGCAGAGUUGGAGUGGAAGCUUUCAAGGUGUUUCUGAUUUUUACAUUGGAAGAAUCAUGCUGUCUCUUUAUUAAAUAAAAUUUGUAUUCAAAUGA